AUGGAUCUGGAGGAGCUGGGGUCGUGCGCUGCUGGGCGUGCUGCUGGGCGUGCAUCGGCAGGGGCGCGCGCGUGCAGGGUAGUGGGGCUAAGCGAGUUCGCCGCUGCUGCAUCAGCUGAGGCGCUAGGACAGGGACGUGCAGUGGCGCAGCGGGGCACCAAGUGCAGUGCUGAGUGCAGUGGGGUGUGCAGCACGCGUGGCAAGCCCCUGUCCCUCUACAACCCCCUCUGCGACCCGCCCUUCCCAGCAUGGCUCAAGGUGGAAGCAAAGCAGCAGGCCAGGCGGUGGCAGGAGCGCGCAGGGAGGGGGGUUAACGGCGAGGGAGGCGAGAUGCUGGUGUGGGAGCACUGGGAGGAAGCAGGGGUGGAGGGAGAAGGAGGGUUGGGGGGAGAGUGGGGGUUGGAGGGAGAAGUGGAUGUGGCAGGUGACGGUAGUGAUGGUGACGGUAGUGAUGGUGACAGUAGUGAUGGUGACGGUAGUGAUGGUGACGGUAGUGAUGGUGACAGGGGCAACAGUGCAGGAGCUAGUGCGGAGGAGGCAGAGGGUCAGCCGGGGAAGGGGCGGAGGAGAAGGAGCAGGAAGGUGAUGUGGGUGGCGCCCAGGAGUCUAGAGGAGCUGAGAAUGGUGCUGCUGACGUCAAGGCACGGAGGGAGCAGUGACGAGGGGAUAGGAACAGACGAGGAGGGAGGAGCAGGUGGGAGCAGCAGCAAGGAGGAGCAGGGCGAGCAAAGUGCAGGAGGAUCAGCAGCUAUCCCUCGGGGCGAUUGUGAGAGUGAGUGGGGCGAGGUGCGGCUGGUGGCGGGCAGCACGGCGGCGGGUGUGUAUCCUGACCUCGCGCGCUGUGACGCCCUGGCGCGUAUCACUCUCGUGGACGUCAAGGGACGGCCGGAGUUGCAACGCGUGGCGUGGGAGGCGGGGCCUGCUGGGGAGGACGAUGAGGGGGGUGAGAGGGGAGGGGGUGGAGAGGGUGGAGAGGGUGAAGCAGCAGGGAAGGAGCGUGUGAUGGGGAUUAGGUUCGGUGCGUCUGUGACUCUAUCGGAUGUGAUUGCAGUGCUGGAGGCCGUGUCGGGGAAGGUUGCCGCUGGUGGCUCUGCUGAUGCAGACUACAGAGGCCUUGUCAUCCACGGCUGGGAUGACGCCAACGGGACAGCACCACCAGCAGCAGCAGCGGCGGCGGCGGCGGCGGCGGCAGCAGUUUUCUCGCGAGUGGCGGCACACGUGAGGAGGGUGGCGGGGCCGCAUGUGCGCAACGCUGCCAGCAUCGGGGGCAACCUUGUGCUGGCUGCGUCUCGCCGCGCCUUCCCCUCCAAUGUUGCCACUCUGCUGCUGGCCCUCCAUGCCUCUGUGCGCACCACCACUCCCUCCCCCACCCCCUCCCCCUCCACAUCUCUCACAUGCAGCCUGGGCUUCAGCAGGAGCGUGCUGGGUGCAGGCAACACAGCAGGCAGCGAUGGGUGGGUGUGGAAGGACCUCCCACUUGAGGAAUUUCUUCACCGCUCCGAUCUCCCUCCCACCACUCUCCUGCAAUCCGCCUUCCUGCCCUGCCCCGGGCCCUUUCCCCCCCCUUCCUCCUCGCCCUCCUCUACCGCUCCUCAGCUUGUGUUUGACUCCUUCCGCGCCUUUGCCCACCCCUCUGGCAACGCCUAUGCGUAUGUCAAUGCUGCCUUCCUCCUCCACAUUUCCCCCUCUUCCCUUCCACACCCUUCCUCCUCCUCCACCUCCUCCUCCUCUUCUUCUUCCCCUCCCCCGCCCCCCACCAUCCUCUCCGCCCGCCUGGUCUUCGGCGCCUUCAACGGCCCGCACGCCAUCAGAGCUCGCCGUGCCGAGGCCUGUCUGCUGGCACCCAAUGGUGUGCUGACAUGUGGUAGCAUGCUGGCAGCGAUAAGGGCGGUGAGGGAGGAGGUGGUGCCCGCUGAGGGCACGCAGUGGGUGCAGUACCGCGUGGAGGUGGCCGUGGGCUUCCUCUUCUCCUUCCUCUCCCGCCUCCUGCUGCACCCGUACCUGCCGCACCCCACCCUGCCCCACACCACCCUGCCCCACACCACCCUGCCCCACACCACCCUGCCCCACACCACCCUGCCCCACACCGACCUGCACCACCCGUGCCUGUCCCACACCAGCCUGCCCCAGGCGGACCUGCCAAGGAAGAGCAUUGAGAAUGGGGAUGGCGCAGUGGGUGGCAGCAACACACGCUGCCCUGGGGAGGUUGGUGGCGCUGCUGGGGCUGAUGGUGGCGCUUCUGCUGGUGCUGCCAGCACUGAUGGAGCGCAUGGCAGCAGCGGGCAGCAGCACGUGGUGAUGAGGGGCCGGCAGGUGUUCAGCGUCACCACGGACGUCGCUCCUCUCGCCCUGCCCCUGCCCAAGCUGGGCGCCGACCUGCAGGCCACAGGCCAUGCCAGGUAUGUAGACGACAUGCCAGCACCAGCCGCCUGUCUCUACGCCGCCUUUGCAGUGGCCACACACCCUUGUGCGCGCAUCACUGCUCGCUGGUACGCCGCUGCACUCGCCUCCCCGGGGGUUGAGGCGGUACUGGACGCCUCGCACCUGCCACCCGGGGGUGCCAACGUUGCCUCACUGCUUGUGGGGGCCGCGGACACACUGUUUGCUCACGACAGCACGGAGUUUCAUGGCCAACCUGUGGCCCUCGUCGGUCCCCUUGUGACAAUAGAGCAGGCGGAGGCAGAGGGGGCCUUCCUCCCUCUCCACCCCGCCUUCCUCAACUGCCUGCCUCGUCGAGGAAACUUCCAGGAAGCCUUCGACAAGAGCCCGUUGAAGAUCAGCGGAGAGGUGAGGAUGGCACGGCUCAUGUGGAUGGCCUGUGGCUCAUGUGGUGAGGAUGGCAUGGCUCAUGCGGUGAGGAUGGCAUGGCUCAUGCGUGAGGAUGGCAUGGCUCAUGCGGUGAGGAUGGCAUGUGGCUCAUGUGGUGAGGAUGGCAUGUGGCUCAUGUGUGAGGAUGGCAUGGCUCAUGCGGUGAGGAUGGCAUGUGGCUCAUGUGGUGAGGAUGGCAUGUGGCUCAUGUGGAUGGCAUGUGGCUCAUGCGGUGAGGAUGGCAUGGCUCAUGUGGUGAGGAUGGCAUGUGGCUCAUGCGGUGAGGAUGGCAUGUGGCUCAUGUGGCUCACAACAGCACUUCUACUUGGAGCCGUGCGGUCAGGCUCACAACAGCACUUCGACUUGGAGCCGCAAGCUGCACUGGCAGUACCAGACAAGGGGGGCAGCAUGACGGUGCACAGUGCCACGCAGAGCCUCGAGCACACGCAGCAGGCCGUGGCCCUCGCCCUGGGGCUGCCCCUCUCCUGCGUGCGCGUCGUCACCCGCUGCCUUGGCGGCGCGUUCGGUGGCAAGUCCAUUCAGGCCAGCCUUGUGGCGGUGGCGUGUGCGCUGGCAGCGCAGCGACUGCAGCGCCCCGUGCGCAUGGCCUUAGACCGCAAGGUGGACACAGCCUUAGUGGGCGGGUGGCACGAGGCGCGUGCCCGGUACAACGUGGGGUUUGACGGCACGGGGCGCGUGCAUGCACUGCGCGUGCGGGCGGUGCUGAACGGCGGCAGCAGUGCCAGCACGAGCUGCUGGCUGGCAGCCAACUACGGGCCCGCGCUGGCGCAGUACGCAUGGGGGGCACUGGAGAUCGACUUCAAAGUGGUCAGGUGCGGUGGUGGGGGAGGGUGUGGUGGAGAUGGGAGGAUGGGGGGUUGUGUGGAAGAGGCGAAGGGAGGGGGUGGCGAUAGGAGGGAUUGGGAGGAGAUGGGUGGGAGGCUGAGCCUUUCAUGCUUUUCCGCACUCUCCCUACCUGCCCUUGCCGCCCUUCACGAUGGAUCUGCCCACGUGCAGCACAGUGAGGGCGCCAGGCGAGGUGCAGGCCGUGCCGUGCUAGUGGUGGAGAGCGUCUUGGAGCGGGCAGCCACCUCUCGUGCCGUGCUCUCCCUCACCUCACCCCCCCUCCCUCACCGCACUUCCCCGCCUCUGCCGACGUUCAGGACGGAUCUACCGACGCGCAGCCCAGUGAGGGCGCAAGGCGAGGUGCAGGCAGUGGUGGUGGCAGAGAGUGUGAUGGACCACGUCGCUGCUGCCCUGGGGCUGCCCCCCCUGCUCGUGCGUGAACAUAACCUUAUCACCACCCACGCUCUCCCGCCCUCACUCUACCACGUGCCGCUGCUCGCCAAGCCUGCAUGCGUGACGGUGUUUGGUGACGGGUCGGUGGUGGUGGAGGCGGGCGGCGUGGAGAUGGGGCAUGGGCUCUCCACCAAGCUGCGCCAGGCGGCUGCCCUUGGCCUCAACGCCCUCUGGACCACCACUGCUACCGGCACAGCAGAUGCUGGUAUCAGCAGAGAAGAUGACGUGGCGGUGGAGGAGGGUGACGUGGCGAGGUGGGAAGAGGUGGCAGCGCAGGCCAAGGCCAUGGAGCUCACGCUCUCAGCGCAGGUGCACUUUCAGCCCGACCCCUCGCACACCUCCUACUUCACCUUUGGUGCCGCCGUCUCAGAGGUGGAGGUGGACGUGCUGACAGGGGCAGUGGCAAUGCUGCAUGCUGACAUACACUGUGACUGUGCGCGCAGCCUCAACCCGGCUGUCGACAUUGGACAGGUAGGCGCUGGAGGGGGCGUUCGUGCAGGGGCAGGGCUACUUCAUUUUGGAAGAGGUGCAGUUUGUUCCGUUGUCUCCCUCGCGCUCGCGCUCGCCCUCUUUCCCUCUUGCCCAUACCCUCGCCAGGUGGAGGGGGCAUUCGUGCAGGGGCAGGAAUUCUUCACCACGGAAGAGGUGCUGGUGGACGAAGCUACCGGGAAGCUGCUCUCAGACGGCACGUGGGCGUACAAGGUGCCAUCAUUCGACACCGUGCCCCGUCAGCUCAACGUCUCCCUCCUGCAUGGGACAGGCAACAAGCAAGGCGUGCUCUCCUCCAAAUCAUCUGGCGAGCCCCCGCUGCUGCUCGCUGUCUCCAUCCACUCUGCCAUCCGCCACGCCAUUGCCGCUGCUCGCCACCAGUUGGCCCACCCAAGCACGCAAGCAGGAAGUGCAACUGGCGGGGUCCGGGGCGAGUUUGUGUGGCUGGACUCGCCCGCCACCAUGCCUGUGGUGCAUCGUGCGUGUGGGUCGCACCUGGUGGAGGCUUAUCUGGAGAAGCAGCUCGCUGCGUCUGCUGCUGCUGUUAUUGAUGCUGCUGACGGCGCUGGUGCUAAAAUCAGUGAAGCUGGUGCUUUUCGGGAUACUUAG